CACCGCCCCAUCCUCACCACGACAGACACACGGACACACAGACAGACGGCCGGGGGCUGCGCGUGUGACAGACGGGGAGGUUUCACCAUCUGGGGGGCUGGGGAGGUGCCACGGCUUUGUGCACGCACACGCGUGUGCUGCGUUGGAUAAGCACGCCGUGCGUGUGCACCGGGGUGAAUAAUUAAUUGCAUGUGUGCACACGAGUGGUGAGUGGGUGUGCAUCAUACGUGUGAGUUUGGGCGUGCAUGUGCCCACACACGCCUGUUUGCACGCCCAUGGGUGCAGGAUGCUGAGCCCUGGGGAGGGGGGUGUUGAGGUUUUGGGGGUGCAGAGGUGCAGGGGGUGGAGGUGCAGAGCUCCGUGUGCUGGGGCUGCGGGCUGUGGGGAAUGCAGAGAGCUCAGGGGUGCAGAGUUUUGGGGUGCAGGGUUUGGAGGGAUACAGACUUUAAGGGUGCAGAUUUUGGGGCGGCAGGAUUUUGAGGGGUGCAGGGUUUGAGGGUUCAGGAUUUUGGGGGGUGCGGUGUUUGGGGGUGGAAGAUUUGAGGGGUGCAGGGUUUUAGGGGUGCAGGGUUUGAGGCUGCGGAGUCUUAGGGGUGCAGAGUUUUAGAGGUGCUGGCUUUUAGGCGUGCAGGGAGUUGGGCUGCAGAGUUUUAGGGGUUCAAGUUUUGAGGGGUGCAAAGUUUUAGGGAUGUGGGGUUUGGAGGUGCGGGGUUUUGGGGACGCAGGGUGCUCCAGCUCAGCCUUCACCCCCAGUACUCAGCACUGGGUGCCCCCAGGACCCCCCCUCCUAUCCCCCCAUCUCGUCCCAUCCACGCCCCCUCUCACUGCCCCACUCGGUGCAGUGCUGGGGGUCACAGCGGGGUUCCAGCUGCCCCCCACCCCACUCAGGCUCCGCUACAUGGUGAAGCAGCUGGAAACGGGAGAGGUGAACGUGGAGGAGCUGAAGAGGAACCUGGAGUACACAGCAUCGCUGCUGGAGGCCGUCUACAUCGAUGAGACCAGGCAGAUGCUGGACACGGAGGAUGAGCUGCGGGAGAUGCGCUCGGACGCGGUGCCCUCGGAGGUGCGGGACUGGCUGGCUGCCACCUUCACCCAGCAGGCGCGUGCCAAGGGGCGGCGGGCGGAGGAGAAACCCAAAUUCCGCAGCAUUGUGCACGCAGUGCAGGCCGGCAUCUUCGUGGAGAGGAUGUUCCGCCGGACGUACACAGCCGUGGGGCCCAGCUACUCCACCUCUGUCCUCAACUGCCUGAAGAGCCUCGACCUGUGGUGCUUCGACGUCUUCGCUCUGAACCGCGUGACGGAGGAGCACUCGCUGCGCACCAUCGUCUACGAGCUCUUCACCCGACACAACCUCAACAGUCGCUUCAAGAUCCCCGCCGUGUUCCUCACCACGCUGCUGGACGCGCUGGAGGUUGGCUACGGGAAGUACCGCAACCCCUACCACAACCAGGCGCACGCUGCUGAUGUCACCCAGACUGUCCACUGCUUCCUGCUCCGCACUGGCAUGCUGCACUACCUGACGGAGAUUGAGGUCCUGGCCAUCAUCUUUGCUGCCGCCAUCCACGACUACGAGCACACGGGCACCACCAACAGCUUCCACAUCCAGACCAAGUCAGACUGUGCCAUCCUCUACAACGACCGCUCGGUGCUGGAGAACCACCACAUCAGCGCCGUCUUCCGCAUGAUGCAGGACGAUGAGAUGAACAUCUUCGUCAACCUCACCAAGGAUGAAUUCGUGGAGCUGCGGGCUCUGGUCAUCGAGAUGGUCCUGGCCACCGACAUGUCCUGCCACUUCCAGCAGGUGAAGUCCAUGAAGACGGCGCUGCAGCAGCUGGAGCGGAUUGACAAAUCCAAAGUGCUGUCGCUGCUGCUGCACGCGGCCGACAUCAGCCACCCCACCAAGCAGUGGGCGGUGCACAGCCGCUGGACCAAAGCGCUGAUGGAGGAGUUCUUCAGGCAGGGUGACAAGGAGGCUGAGCUGGGGCUGCCCUUCUCGCCCCUCUGCGACCGCACCUCCACGCUGGUGGCCCAGUCCCAGAUUGGUUUCAUUGACUUCAUCGUGGAGCCCACCUUCUCUGUGCUGACCGACGUGGCCGAGAAGAUGGUGCUGCCCCAAAACGAGGAUGGCUCCAAAGCCAAGGGCAACCCGGCGGGCGGCCAGCAGGCCAGCUCACAGUGGCGACAGACAUCCCUGGAUGAGCACCUGGAGCUUGGGGACAUCAAGGCUGACCUGGCCAGCUUCCGCUCCACCUGGACCAAAUACAUCCAGGAGAACAAGCAGAAGUGGAAGGAGAGGGCGGCCAGCGGCAUCACCAACCAAGUGUCCAUCGAGGAGCUGUCACCCUACGAGGAGGAGCCCCCGGUGCCCCCCACCCAGCACAAGCACAAUGGCGAGGUGGAAUAGCACAUGGCGAGGUCUUCAUCCAACCCAGUGAUGCCGUUCAGUCCAAAGUCUUUGAUGCCAUCGACUUCAGCACCAUUCGCAGGGAAGGAGCCGCCGGGGUCUGUGCCAAGAGCAUCCCCGAUGGCAGCGCCGGGUCCUGGGGGGCCGGGACCCCUGGGAUUCCCCCCCCAUCCUGUGCCAAAUCGUCCGCCAAGCCGUGUGGUGCUGAUCCACGGGUGAUGGUGAUGCUGAGCCUCUCACUGCCGCGCCGGCGGGAUUUGUCCUUAUGGCUUUUUAGAAACCUGCUUCUCGCCCCACAGGGGAUCCAGGUGUUGGGGAAGGGGGUGGCACUGUGGGGGAGGCAGGGGACUGAAGGAUGGAGGAACUGUAAGGGGUUUGUUGUCGCUUCAGGGGUCACUGUGGGCCCCCCUUUUUCUCGCUGGGUCUGUGCUCAGGCUGCCGGGUGUCCCCAGGUGUCCCCCUGUGCUGUCCCCAUCCCGCCCCACCUGUGGGGAGACGGCAGAUGCUGAGAUCUGUCCCCGCGUGGA